AUGCAAUUUACUACCGCUAUUAUCUCCGCCAUCACCAUGGCCGUCGCAUCUGCUUCCGUCAUCGGAACGCAACGCUACGUUACCUUCAAGGUCUCCGAUUUCAGCGCCGGCUGUGUCGCACACAGUUCGCAGUGUCUCUACUCCUUCACUGUCAUCCAACCCGGAACCAUGGAAACCACCGGUGUCAAAUGCACCGCGCUCGUCGGAUCCAUCGAUGGAACCCUCCCCAACAUCGCUCAAUGGCAAGGGUCCUGCGGUGACGAAUCAUCCCGAACAUUCUGGAUCACGCGCGAGGAUGCUGGCUUGGAAUUUUACGUCUCGCAGCCGGUUUCCCCAGCUUCGAACACCACUGCGUCUUACUUGAUCCCUAACAGUGAAUUGGUUCUUACACCAAACACUAUUGGUACCACUCAAAGUUACACUGGUCCAUCUGAUUUGGAUUUGUACCAGUACUGA